CCCGCCUCCCCUCCCGCCUUCUGCUCUCCGGCCCGCCCGGUUGCAGCCAUGGAGCAACCGCUGCUGCUGACGCUGACGCUGCUGGCCGGCCUGGGCACCGGCUUGGCCGAGCACCGGCCCGACUACGACCGCGAGGCGCUGCUGGGCGGCCAGGAUGAAGUGGAGGAAUUUUCCAAACUGAGCCCGGAGGAGCAGCAGAAACGCCUGAAAGUGAUCAUAAGUAAGAUUGACGUGGAUCAUGACGGCUUCCUCACUGAAGAGGAGCUGAGUUCGUGGAUCCAGCACUCCUUCAAGGAUUACAUCGUCGAAGACGCCAAGCAACAGUUCCACCACUAUGACAAAGAUGGCGAUGGGAAGGUCUCUUGGGAGGAGUACAAUAUCCAGAUGUACGACCGGGUGAUCGACUUCGAAGAGCACACCACGCUGGACGACGCCGAAGAAGAAUCUUUCCGGCAGCUCCAUUUAAGGGACAAGAAGAGGUUCGAAAACGCUAACAAGGAUGGCGACUCCAUGUUGGAUUUUGAGGAAUUUGUCGCCUUUGAACACCCGGAAGAGGCCGACUACAUGAAGGAGUUCGUCAUCCAGGAAGCUUUGGAAGAACAUGACAAAGAUGGAGAUGGAUUUAUCAGCCUCAGAGAAUUCCUGGGCGACUACCGAAGAGACCCAAACGUGAAAGAAGAUCCCGAAUGGAUCGUGGUGGAAGAAGAUCGCUUUAAAAACGAUUACGACAAGGACAAAGAUGGGAAGCUGAACCCCAAAGAGCUUCUGACUUGGGUGAUGCCCAACAACGAGGGCCUCGCCCAGGAAGAGGCUAUUCACCUUCUUGACGAGAUGGACUUGGACGGAGACCGGAGACUUUCCGCCAACGAAAUCCUUGAAAACCAAGACCUCUUCCUCAACAGCGAAGCCACCGAUUACGGCCGACAACUCCACGACAAAAGUUUCUACCACGAAGAGCUUUAAUUUCCAAACGAUGUUUUGCCUUCCUUUCCAAAUUGAGAUUUUCCUCCCCUCUGUUGUUCAGCUUUAAAAAUAAUAAUAAUAAUAAUAAUACCAGUUGGGCAACGAUUUUACGUUGCUAACACGCCCCGUACGUUGCCAGUGUUACUUUGGUGGUCUAAUUUAAAAAAUGAUGAAGAAGAAGAAGAAGAAGGAGAAGCAAAGAGUGGGGAUCUUCCGUGCUCAGAUUUCAAUACUGCUUUUUGAAACAUACUUGAAAAUACCAGGAUUCGACUGCAAAGUAGCCCUAGAUUCGGUUAGAUUUUUAUUCUCGUAGGAAAGGGAAAAUGCAAGGGUAGCUGUCUGGUUCCGUGUUGUUAAUAGUUUUUUCUAUCCUAUUUUGUAUAUUACAAAAUUUGGGAGGAUGAAGUGUUACAUCCCAGGUUUCUGUGCAUAUUCACUUGUUGGAUGGUAGACAAUAAGGGAAAUAUUUUCGCAUUUGGGAAGUAUUCUAUUUACUUGGAUUAAAACGUUCAGAUCUUCCACCCCAA